GGGAAAAACAAGUUCACAGUUACAAAGACCUAGAAUGUAGAAAUAAAUUAAAUAUGGAGGAUUAUCUAUUUCUUUCUCUUCUCCUCUCUGGAUUCAUCUCGUUCACAUUGGUUUCUGCAGAUCAGUACCCUGAGAUAGAUCAGAGAGAGGAUCGAGGUAGGACUGGAGACCAGUUGGAUUAUAUCUACCAAGACCCGGAUACAGAGGAGAUGGUUCAGAUAUCUCUGGAUGAAAUUGUGGAAUUCGGAGAACCUUCUCAGAUUCAAACUAGUCUCGGAGACUUAACCAACCUGACUUUUCUCCCUCUUCCAGGUGAAAUCAGAGAGAAGGAAAAUAAUAAAACUAUAUCUAUGACCCAAGAGCAGAUCACCAAUUCAGUUCUAGAGAAGAUUCAGGCUCUUCUCGACGCUGCGGGUAGAAACCAAACUUUAGAAGAUAUUCUCGAUAUUCUCCCCAAACAAGUCCUAGAUAUUCCAGUACACAGGCAGCCACAGAACCAUGUUAAACAUCCACAAGAUAUAUUUGGGGAACUAAUCGCUAGUAUGGAGAAAUAUCAAGGUUCAGAGAACUCGUCAAAUCUAUCAGUUCAAUAUCCAGAGGAGCAGAAUUCAAGCUUCAUCAAUUUAAAGUUUGUACUUGGUACACCGGACCUGGAAAACUCUGAACCCAACCUGGAGAACCUUGAACCCUACCUGGAGACUGAACCCAUAAUUCAGGAUGAAGAUCUUCCUAACUUGAUCGAAGGAGACUCUGAGGAGCUCAUUGGAAACCUGGACUAUACCGAUACAACUGACGAAUUAAAAGAAUUAUUCAAAAAUCUCCGAACCCGUCCUGGCCCAAGUCAGCUGACUGAAGCAAGCCUCACAAGAUUGACUAAACCUUACACUACACGAACUCCAUAUAGACCUGGAGGUAGCCUCAGGUUCGAUUCUACUCCUAGUCCUACCGGAGAACAUGGUUCAACUCUUGCGUCUCCAGGUUCUACACUGACUACUCAACCCUCUUCGGAUAUUACUUUUACUGAUGGUCUUUCUUUCAACCCACAAUAUUCUCCGCUAAAACCUGCAUUUCCGGAACUACUAAGGUAUUUACUGACUGAAAAUGAUCUGAGUUCUCUCAUGGAUAGAGAUAUUGUACAGAACCAGAUAGGAAAUAAGAUACACAAGUUAUUUCAACAAAAACUAAAUUUAUCAAGGCUACAGUGAGACCCACAAAAUUGUGGAUUGGGAAAUUUUGAAAUAAUCUGAUGAAGAUAACACACAGCUUGUGCAGUGUACACUUGACAAUUAACUUUGAAGCUAAUGAUAAAACUAUUAUAU